AUGGCAAAGAAGAAGGAUAAGAAAGAUAAAGAUGCUCGUAAAGCCCGUAUGGCGGCUAAGAAUGAAAAGGCCAAGGUGAAGUCCGAAGGAAAGAACAAAAAAAUGGCCAAGAAGCAAGGUUUGGAAGAAGAUGAUCAAGACAUUGACGAAAUUUUGAAGAAUUUCCAAUUAGAACAGGAACAAUUUGAGGAGGUUUCUAUUGAAAAAUGUGAAAAGCCAACCAGAAGAAACAUUCCUGCCAUGGUGGCUAACCCUAUUCAUGGCAAACGAGAAUUAUUCUUAUUUGGAGGUGAAUCGGUCAACGAUAACGGAUUAACGGUAUUUUUCAAUGACUUGUAUACCUACAGUGUGGACUCUGAUAUCUGGAGAAGAAUUGUUUCCAAGAACUCUCCAUUACCACGGUCCUCUCAUGCUAUGUGUGCCCAUCCAAGUGGGAUCGUUGUCCUCUUUGGUGGGGAAUUCUCGUCCCCUAAACAGAAUACUUUCUACCAUUAUGGUGAUACUUGGAUUUUAGAUCCGGAAGAAAAAAAAUGGGCAAAAGUAGAAUCAAAAAAAGGUCCUUCUGCUCGUUCUGGUUGUCGUAUGUGUGUUUGGAAAGGCUCUAUCCUCUUAUUUGGCGGGUUCCGUGAUCUUGGUACUUCGACAACUUAUCUUAAUGACUUGUGGGUGUUUGAUGUUUCAAGUUACAAAUGGCAACAGGUGGAAUUUCCUCCUCAUCAUCCUAUUCCUGACUCAAGAUCAGGUCAUUCUUUUGUUUCUUAUGCAUCUGGUACUGAUAGUGGUGCGGUUGUUUGGGGUGGUUACACUAAGGUUAAGGCUGGUAAGGGCUUACAGAAGGGUAAACAUUUGACAGAUUCAUGGGUAUUGAAAAUGAAGACCGACUUAAAACAGGUCAGGUGGGAAAGACGUAAGAAGCAGGGGUUUGCACCUUCUCCAAGAGCCGGUUGUAGUUUGACGCAGCACGGCUCGAAAUUUAGAUACAUUUUGUUUGGUGGGGUUCAUGAUACAGAAGAAACAGAAGAGAGUCUUAGUUCAGUUUUCUAUAAUAAUCUUUUUGUUUAUCAAGGUGAGAACAAUAAGUGGUUUAACUUGAGCAUUAGACCACAGAAAAAGAAGAAGGAGAAGCUCAAGACCAACACAAGAGACAAUAGAGAACAAGAAUUGGAAGAAUUCUUGAACUCUAUUUUGAAAAAGAACCAGUUGAACGAUGAUGAAAAUGAUGAAGAGAAUGAGGAAGUUAGAAAACACUUGGAACAGCUCAAGUUGGAAGAAGAAAAAGAAGAAGAGGAGUUGGCCGCUAAGGAAUAUCCAGUCAGUUACCAGUUACCGCAUCCAAGAUUUAAUGCUACCACAUGUGUCAUUGAUGAUACAUAUUUCAUUUAUGGUGGUAUGUGGGAAUAUGGUGAAAAGGAUAUCAAUAUUGAUAGUAUGUAUAGUAUUGAUUUGGCUAAAUUGGACGGGGUUAAAAUAUACUGGGAAGAUUUAAGUGAAGUUGAAAAGGCCCAACAAGAAGAUGAAGAUGAAGAUGAAGAUGACGACGAUUUCGAAGAUGAUGAAGAUGAUGACGAUGAUGAAAUUAAGGAUAGGGUUUUGGUUGCUGAAGAAGAAGAAGAAGAAGAAGAAGAAGUGGAGGAGGAGAAUGAGAUGGAGGUGCCUGAUGAGAGACCUUGGUUACCACAUCCAAAACCAUUUGAAACUUUAAGAAACUUUUACUUGAGAACGGGUGCGCAAUUCCUUGAAUGGUCUAUUUCUAGUAAUAGAGACGCUAGAGGAAAGUAUUUGAAAAAAGCUGCAUUCGAUUUAUGUGAAGAUAGAUGGUGGGAACGUAGAGAACAAGUAAGAAUAUCUGAAGAGCGUAUGGAAGAAAUGGGUAAUGUUGGUGAAGUUAUUGAAAAGGAUGCUACACAAAAAACCAAGAGACGUUGA